CAGGUUGGAAUAAGUUGAAAUUUUAUAAAAGAAGAUCCUCGACACCUUGGAAGGUUAGUCUGGCAAAGAAAGUGGCAACGUUAUCAUCGCCACCAGCAGACAACCCGGAGUUGGAAUUUUGUUAUUGAUCACCGUUUCACCGCAUAAAAACAACACGAGCUUGUUUGAUCGUAACGUAAUGAUAAUAAGAGCUCGAUCGCUCGGAAAAAAGUGCGCGCGAAAACUAGUUUUGAAUUCGGAUGUUGUGCACCAAGUGAAAGAACCAUAAAGAAAAGUAUGAAUAAUCAAGGCAAAUUGAGAGCAGUUUUCUCAACGGGAUAAAAAUGAUACACAGUGUUAUAGAAAUUGUAUGUAAAAGACAGUUAUAUGUGAAGUAAUUGAUUUAUUAUUGCCAAUAACUGCAACCAACGAGUGGAACGUCAUAAGCGGAGCGAAAUGGUGCAAGCUAUUUGAACUUGAACCGCAAAAUAGGAAUCACGCAGCCGUAGAAAAUUGAACCACACACCUGACUUCACGCAUAGUUUAGAAAACUAUCACAGCUGCAGCAAUCAUGGAUUAUCGGCAGCUAACGUUCGCGCUGUUCAUCAUAUGCUCUGCUGUAGCCCUAGAAGUAACCAACCAUAAUGGAUUGCAACCAGCUUCCGAUCUCGAUGUCACCAACACGGCAAGACCACUGACAAAUGACAAGGAACUACCAAAGCUUCAUCGACAAAAGCGCCACGAGAUAGAAAUACACCGAGUAAUUAAGCGAAGACCAAAACUGCCACCCCCACGCCGCAAACCUCGGCCACCGAGAAGACCACCAAAGCCGAAAGUAAAGUAUGGGCCACCAAACAUUAACUUCCCACCGUUAUCGCAGUACAGCCCCCAUAACUUUGAUGAUACAUUUAGUACGAGCUAUGAAACAUCUUUUUCGGACCAUAACUCCUUUGCGGAGCCCCCAGUUAGCUACGGAAGCCCAAUUCAACCAUCACCAGCAUUUGGUUCACCACCAUUUGCCUACGGCCAAGGUACGACUUCAUAUCAAGGGUCAACCUUCGGAAGACCAAACUUUGAAAGUACAAGUUUCGAAGGAUUUGGCAAACCCUCGCUUGCAUCCUCUAACCUGAAAGGAUUCGAUCCCUCGAAAUUUCCAGGACUACUGGAUAGUCAUUCACAUAGCGUUCCAGCUAGCAAAAUACCUACAUUUGGUGGGCACUUCUCGCAAUCCUCAUUCACUAAUAACAAACAACCAUCUUACCAAUCCUCACCAUCGUUUAUCGGAGAUGGUUCCAAUUUUAAUUUUAACAAAGACCAGACAAGUUUUACACAUCAUACCGACAUUGAAACCCCCAAGAACCAGUUUCCUCUGGAAAGCUUCAGACAAAACCCAUUUAGAACACCUUUAACCUCCUAUGAAGUACCCAUAACGCAUACUAAAUCGAAUUUGUUCGAACCUACAAAAGAUUACGAUUCCACAUACAAGAGAAAUCCCAAUACUCAUUCAACUAGUAGUAUAUCCUCAACACACAGUACAUCGCAUAGUUCAACUGAUGAAGAAGAUGAUGAAUACUAUCCGAGCCUACCGUAUCGCUAUGAGCAAGAUCAGUUCCACACUCCCACAAAACCAAAUCCAAACAAGUCAUUAGUUAGCUCAGUACAAACCAUUAACGACAAUGAUCCAUUCUCCAACCUGAACUCAUACUAUGAUGGUGUUUCUGAAUCACAAAGGGUAUCCGUCAAAACAAAAACUAGACCUUCGGAGCCACCCGAAGAUGGCUUUUCAAUAGAAGAGCUCUACUCACCGCCUUCUACCGUUAACCGCAACAAGAUUCGCAGGAAAAAGAAACCCAAACCGGUCACAAAUCCUGUAGCUCAUAAUCUCGAUACAGACGAUCUACGCGAUGCAUAUGGUUCAAGCUCAGACUUCCACCAGGUUGCCAUCGAUGCCGACGAGUUUCUCGAGUUUGAACCACAAAAACAAAUGAAACAUUCCAAACCCGUGGGAAUUGCUAUGACACGUGAUGAAGACAAAUUCCCAGCAAACUUUGUUCUUCAAUCAUCCCAGAACAGAGGCAAGGAAAACAACACUCCCAACUACAAGAAGUCACCUGGCAAUCCUAACUACGCAAGAAAAAUACCACCCUCAUCACAAACAGAGUACAAGGCAGUUGACGUCGAUCUUUACAAGUCGGUGGAGGGCAAACGUGUCAAACCAGCUCCGCAGAAACCGUCGGGUCUUGAGGACGUCAAUAUUCUCUCCAUACAGAAAUCCAAUUCCAAAACAUACUACGCUGGAAGUAAUGAAAAAGAACCUCUGCUAUACAGUGGAUUCCUACCAACUCGCCGAAACGGAGCUUACUACCGAGCAAACUUGGAUUACGAGACUUUAGAUGUGGACGAUGAGAACUACGAUGAAAUCGGAGAUGUAGGAACCUUCAGUGGUAAAUUACAGAAUUCAAGGGUUAAAAAGGAUUUAACUUCCAAGCAGAAUAGCGAGGCAUUAAGUUCGUCUGAAGCAAGCAGUUCAUAGGUUACAGGGGCGCGAUUUGAAGGAUGAAGUUUACAGAGACCUUAAAAUAGUUUUAACAGUAUUGUCCUGUUCAAAGAUUUUAUAGGUAGAAUUGAGUUAUUAUUUAUUGUUGUUUAAUAAAGAUUAUAUUU